CCAACUGCACGGCCAACGGCCAUUUUACAAAACAGACGUCGACAGUGUAGGUGACAGGCACCUCACGGUAUUAAUCGGUUGUUCUCGAAUAUACUUCGUUUUGAUCUCAUAUAUUACUCUCGAAAUACUUUUUAACGUUUUUCCAGCCAGCUUGUGUGUAAUGAUGUCUCGCGACCGGUCCCACAAUCGCGGAGGAUUCCAGCAUCGAGGCCGCGGAGGAGUCGGGAUGCGCGGCGGAAUGGGAAACAACAACUUUAGAAAUCAAAACCAGCAUCCUUAUCAGAACCGAGGGCCCCAGAUGGGUGGUGGAUUUAAAGCGAAUCCGGGGAACCAGCCGAAUCUCGGGAAACAACCGAAUCCGGGAAACCAACCGAUCCAGGCCUCUACCCCACAGGAAUCCACCCUGAAUAAGCCUGUGAUCCAGUCACCUCCGGCGCAAGGCCCUGGUCUGGCCCAGCAGGGUAACAAUAAAGGCCCGUCGCCACAGCAGACUGCCAGCGCUACUCCGACGAAGAUCCAGUCUCCACUGCCACAAAAUACCGCCACCAUUAAGAACCCAGGCCUCGGUUCCCCACAGAACCAGCCAAAAAAGAUUCAACCCAAAGGUGGAAUGGGAAACGACCAGAAACCGCCUGUCCCUAUAAACGAGCAGACACAGCAACAGACCCCAGAGAACGUGGAAGGCUCUCAGGCGCAGGAAUUUAGGGCAACACUCUCUUUGCUGCGCAAACCUGGAGAGAAGACUUAUACUCAACGUUGCCGUCUGUUUAUUGGCAAUCUGCCUAACGACAUAACUGAAACAGAAUUCAGGAAAUUGUUUGCAAAGUAUGGAGAGCCCAGUGAGAUUUUCAUCAAUCAAAGCAAAGGUUUUGGCUUCAUUCGACUGGAAUCUCGUGCCUUGGCUGAGAUUGCGAAGGCUGAGCUGGAUGAUGUUCCAAUGAAAGGCAGACCACUCAGAGUUCGCUUUGCCACUCACUCUGCUGCACUGUCUGUGCGCAACCUCUCUCCCUAUGUUUCCAAUGAGCUUCUGGAAGAGGCCUUCUCCCAGUUUGGAGUAGUGGAAAGAGCUAUCGUGAUCGUAGAUGACCGCGGGCGCUCAACAGGGAAAGGCAUUGUUGAGUUUUCUUCCAAACCUGCUGCACGGAAGGCCAUUGAUCGUUGUAACGAUGGAGUGUUCCUUCUCACAUCGUCACCCCGGCCAAUUAUUGUUGAAUUGUUAGAGCAGUACGAUAUUGAGGAUGGUUUGCCAGAGAAGCUUGCGCAGAAGAACCCCAAUUAUCAGAAGGAGCGAGAUCAGCCUCCACGGUUUGCCCGUCCUGGCACCUUUGAGUUUGAAUACUCCCAGCGGUGGAAGUCCCUUGAUGAGAUGGAGAAACAGCAGAGGCAGCAAGUGGAAAAGAACAUUUGUGAGGCCCGUGAGAAGCUGGAGUCAGAGAUGGACGAUGCCUAUCAUGAGCAUCAAGCGAACUUGCUCAGACAGGACCUUCUUAGACGUCAAGAGGAACUCCGGCGCAUGGAAGAGUUACAUAGUCAGGAGAUGCAGAAACGUAAAGAGAUGCAGCUCAGGCAAGAAGAGGAACGCCGUAGGAGAGAGGAGGAGAUGAUGCGCCAGAGGGAGAUGGAGGAACAGAUGAGGCGCAAGCGUGAGGAGUCCUACAGAAUGGGGGGCUUCAUGGAUAAUAGGGAAAGGGAGAUGAGAAUGAAUUCUGGUGGAGGCAUGGGUUUGGCAGAAAUGCCUUUUGGGUCACCUGGCCAGAAGUUCCCAUUGUCAGGGAUGAAUUUCGAUUCACAUCAGGGGUUAGGAGGAUCACCAGCUGGGGGCAUGGCGGCCAACGAAAUGCGCAAUGAGCGUUUCCAACAAGGUGGCUCAAGGGGCAUGGGUGCUGGAAACCCAGGAUUUGGCAGGGUCCGUGAGGAAUUUGAUGGACCUGCCAAAAAGCCACGCUUCUGAUCUGGCACUUUAAAAGCAGAGUUUGUAUGUGGAAUUCCAGAAGCUCGGUUCUGGAGUCAGAAUUGAUGUGUUUAAGUUGAAACAAUUUCUUGCAAUUUUAGCCUGAAGACUUAUCCCUUUAUUGGCGAGAUUUUUUUUUUUUUCUUCCCAUUUUUAUUUUGCAUUAUUAGGUUUAAUAGUAAAACAGCUCACAAAGUCAGCACUGGCUUAGUGCUAGCAAUAUGUAAUUCCAUAUCCUAUUACUCUAUAUCUUGUCAUGUUACUUGUGUUAUACUGGUGAAUAUGUAAGUUGUUCUGAUCUUUCAAUGGCUGUGUUCUGUGCCAUUCAAAUUUGAAGUAAUACAUGUAAAUUUUUCAAUAAAGAGUACAGUUGGUUCUCCCAAAUCCCAUUCAGGUGUUUUUGGCACAAUAUUUUAUUUUGCAAAGGGCAUCAAAGCUGGUACUUUUUUCUUCAACUUGAAGGUGCAACCCCUGUAUAUUAGAAAGAAAAGCUCAGCUUUAGGCCUGUUUCACACUGCACGUUCAAGCAGUGCUGCAGCGUAACUGCAACAGCAGGCAUGCAUAGAGCUUUCACACUGUCAGCAUUUCUGCUGCAUAAUAGAGCUGUCUCUACAAUGAAAAAAAAAUAUUUUAUUGGCUUAAUGCCCGUAAUUAUAAAAUUGGCAUUGGGAAUAGGCCAUUGAGAACUAUUAAGAACUUAAAUGUCAUGGAAUUAAGGGAAUCACAUUUGGCACAUCCACAUCACAUCCAAAUGGCAAUUGACUUGAAACCCAAACCCCAAAGUGUAUACAAUAAACUGCUUAAUCAUCUUGGAUUCAGUCAGACUUAAUGAAUAGAAAGUGUUUGUAAUGUGCAUCAGUUCUGAAAUAAGUAUUUUCUUCUCAAACAAUGGGUGAGUAGUUUGCUCUAUUAGCAGCUCUGUUUUUGUUACUCAUCACUGCGCUGCUUUCAUGCGGAGUUUAAAUGCUGUAAUCUGGGACCGAAAUACACUACCCUUGCGUGUGGUGUGAAACAAGUCUAAUCAUUGACAUGAAAUAUUCUGACUGCUUUUAAGAAAAAGGUGGUUUUUAAGGCACUUAUACCAGUUUCCUGUUUUUCAAAUAAGUCAAAUUUAAAUUUAUGGCACUUCAUUUUCAUUUGUUUAUAAUUUAAAGGAUUAGUAUAUCACUUUCAUUAGUAUUUCAAAAGGUAGCGUGGUAUACCGAUACAAACUGAAUACCGCAAUACCAAAAAAUGUUAAACUGUACAAUAUCAUGUUGCUAAUUUCAGUACUGUAUUACAGUAUAGACCAUUUCAAGAAUGUAAACAAAAACAAAUAAAUUAGAACGUUCCAAACGUAUUUCCAGAGCCUUUCAACAAAGUCUCUUUUUCAAGGUAAGUCAGUCCACUUGGCGGCCAUUUUUGGAUCACACGGCAGUGUGGGCAGCUAUUUUUCUAUGUAAACAAGCAUCAUGACAGUGCAGCUCUUAUCUACUUGAAUGGAGAGACCAAAAUCUCCAAAACAGUUGGUCAAGAUUACGAUAAAAGAACAUAUUUCAAAUAUGCAGUAAAAUUGUAUUGGUCCGAGGCACGUGUGGCGCCGGCUUCACUCGAGCUGUAAGCUCUUGUGCAAGAACUUUUGAUUAAUAACUUUAAAUUAUUGUUUUCAUUUGAUUAGUUUUAUGUAUUCAUUUAAUUAAACACCGUUUUGAUGAUAAACGGCAUUUUGACGUUUUAUUAAAACAAAUCAUGGAAUCUAGAAAAAUAAAAAUGUAAACAGAAUUUGUAACUAAGACUUUAUGCCGUUCUUUUAAUCAGGUCAUUUUCAUCAGUAAUCUGAGGCUGUUUAUUUGUUACUCAAGUAUUUAGUAUUGAUACUAAAAUUUUGGUCAAUAGCGGUUAACAACCAUGCAAUUGCGGGGGGGCCCCUGGUUUGACACCAAAACACUAAAGUGGUGACGUGCUGUUCUGUGUUCCCGCGUGGAGAUACUGUUUUCAGUGGUUUACCUGCAUUGUGAAGGCAAAGUUCUGCAGGGACACCCAUUCAGGCAAUUCCAAGCAUUUGAAGCCGCCGCUUAGUUAUACAAAUCUAAAAUGCAACACAGUAUCACAGAAAUGGAGGUAGCAGCAUUUCACCAGAUUUGUAAUGAGGAAUAUUGUAAACUGUGAAAUACAUAUUGACGCUGGAGUGCACCAUCAUUUUUCCAUCAAAAUAAAAGCUCCAGGUGAAGGUAAAGUCAAUACGACAAAUGUUACUAUUGUUUAAAACUAGCCCUCAAAAUAAUACUAAUUCAGCAUCAUAUUAUAAUAAUAAUACUUGACUGGACAAUAAAUAUUCAGCUAGGUUUCAAAAUAUAAGUGAGUGAAGUUGUAAUUUUUGCACACCCUGUUCAAUCACAAACAUGUUUUGUAAAAAUAUAUGUAGGUAAAAAUUGCCUUUUUAUAACUGUAUUGAUGUAUUGGUGCAUACAGAUUAUAUUUAUUAUAAAUUAAAUACCAUUCUUGUGUUUAAGUAAAAAAAAAAAACUAGAUUUUUAAUUAAACAUUUUGAAUCUACUUGGUAAAAAAUGGCUGUGAGUAUAAAUAAAAUGAUUUAAAAUCAAUUGUCAUUUCUGAGCAAAUAAACAAUUAUCAAGACACGUUUCGGAUGUCGUCAACAGCCUGAAAAAUAUUACUAAUUUUUAUAAUCGCCCAGCACCGGAAGCCCCCGGUUGGAGAGUUGAUUGGGAUCUUGGAAAUCGUAACACUGCCCCUGUUUGUGAUAUCGGAGUAACCAUAGUAUUUCACCUAUUGCAUUUAAACACAUUCUUCUCAAAAGGACUUGCUGGAAUUUUAAAAGAAUAUUUUGGCAGUUUGAAACAAAUCUAUAAGUGGAGCCUGGCUUGUAAAACCAUUGAACACAAGCAACUCUUGUGAUUAAAUUUUGAUAUAAUAAAAGGGGUUGGAGGGCUGUUUUUUUACCCCCCAUAAUCCCAUUCUCUUCGAGAUAAAGAUUUUAAAGUAUACAAUUUAUAGAUUUUUUUUUUUUGCUUUUUUUUUUUUUUUUUUUUUUUUUUUUGUCAAUUACUUUUUAAAAGAUAUUCUGAGGAAGAAAUUCAGAACUAUGCAGCAUUUUCUGUUUGACUUAAACACGUGUACGCUGUGACUGCAUUUCAAGUGAUUUUGUAAUUAAGUAUUCAAAUGCAAUGUUUGCAUUCACAUUAACACCAGAGUGUACACAAACUAAUUUGAAAAGUAGACUACAGAGGUUGCAUGGACGCACAGAUAACUGCUCCAAAGCAACGUUUCUUGAAGUCGUACCAAUUUAAUUUCCACCUUAAGCAGAUCGUCAUCCAGUAUCAUAGAUGACUCCUGUUGAAAACUUUUUAAAUAUUGCCUCAGCUACAAUUGGAGGCAGAAAGUGCCAUAAAUGUAUUUAAAUAGUUGUAUUUUGUUAUGUUGACACCUCAUGAAUUCAGUCUUUUUACAUUUGGACCACAGGCAAAACAAUAUCAAUGUGAGCUUUAAUUUAGAUUUUACUACCUGCCUUUUUAGUUACAGAACGAGUAGUCUAUGAACCUUGUGUAUUGGAUUAUGUAAUUUCACACCAUUUUACAUUUGCUAAAAUAUCAAAAUUCCUUUACCUUCCAUGUCUUUAGUCUGUAAGUGAGAUGUGAAUGUAAUAGUUUUGUAAAUGUGUAACCUGUGACAAUGGCUUGAUGACCUUUUUAUUUGGACUUAGGUUGACUGUCAGAUAGGGCUGCACAAUUGAAUAAAUAAUUAAGAAUACACCUACAGCUGCCCAAAUUAUGUUGCGUCAAAAUGUUUUCUUAACAAUGUAACCUGUUCUUCCAGUGUUUGAGCAUUGCAACCACUCACAAGUCUGUUGGUCACUUCUGUGUAUAAUUCAGAGUUUGAGUAACCGUUUUGUUCCUGCUGCUAAGGUGGAUCAUUUAGGCACUGUCUUCAUUUACUAAAAAAAAAAAAACUAUAAAGUAAUUCAGAAACAGUUCUUGACUUAUUUUGAGUGGAUAAACUGUUUGCCAUUUUUAUGUAGGUUACACAUCCAAAACAAGUAUUUUAAUGUAUAUUGUGUUGAUUGAAAUUUGCCAUUUAGAUUAAAAUACUUAAACUGUAUAAAUUAUUUAAAGUACUUACAAUAUCAAGGGAAAAAUUCAACAUUUAUGAUUGUCUUAAUUAUGCAGCCCAGCUUUCCAAAUUAUUUUUGGUUUGUUAUUCCAGCCAAAUUCAUACACAACUUGCAUAGCAGAAAUGUAAUUUCACCAGUAAAAACAAACAAAAAAAAUAAUAAUAAUUUGUAAAUGGUACACACUGUAAACUAUGAAUAAAAACAAUAAAUAGAAUGAACACAGUUCAAAUAAGUAAAUAGUUAUUACUUAUAGUUAUUAUUUUAAAAGAAGCCAAGUUUCAAAUUAACCAGAUUUUUUUCCUUUGUGUUGCAGUCAACACAGUUUUUGUGAAGAAAUAGUUUAAACCUUUUAGUAAAUACAACAUGUGUAUGCAUGCAAACCUUAUAGAAAUAUUUUUUUUCCUCUAUAGUUCAUUAUCAUUUACAUUUGCCAUAUAACACUUUGCUUUAUGCAUAGUUUGGCUUGUGUAUUUUACAGUAUUAUUGGAAUAUGAACUGUCAGUAUACUGGAAAGAAUCAUAAUAGCAUUAUUUUACACAAAAUUAUUGGUAAGGGAUGGUUGAUGUUUUGGUUGAAAAGAUGAACUGGUUGAAAUCAGUCAACUGGUAUUAUUUAAAAAAAAAAAUCAUAGUUGAGCAGAAUACUGCUGUAUGGGUAUUCCUGUCACUUUACAUUCAGAGAGAAAAUUAAGACUAAAUAUUUAUUAUAGGACUUUUUGCUUAUCAUACAAAGUCAUUUUAUUUGGAGUGAGGGGACAGCUAUUACCAAUUGGGUACAUUUUCUUUGUUUACAUUUUCAAACAUUUGUGCCAUUUCACUUUUGAGCGGUAGCCAUAAUGAUGGGUCUGCAUCAAAUUAAAAUGUUUUAGCCUUUAAUUUGAAAGAUAUACGUAGUAUAUUUGAGUUGACCCUUUUUAAAUUCUGAAGUAUAAAAUGCUUGUGCAAUCAGGAUAGUUCUGUCAAGAACGGCACUGAAAGAGGUAAUUUCACAGUUUAGCAUUAGACAGAAACAUUGUGGAAAAAUAUAUCAAUGUCUAUUGUGCUAGUGUUCUAUAAAUUUUUUCCUUAACAGGUUUGUUCGUGACUGUUCCGAAGUAUCUUCGAAUAUGGAUUGUUUCGGAUUGUAGCCAUUUAUCCACCACUUGUCUCAGUCUGUAAGGCAUGCCCAUGGACAACCAUCUGAUGCGUUUUGCAUACAAAAUGACAAGAGCUUUCUCAGAAUGGCAAGCUCUAAUCUAAUAGGCUAACUUUAGAUUCAGGGUGCUCAGAUUUUUAUCAGUCCACAAAGAAAUGUUUAGAAGUUCCCAGGGAGCUUCAAUAAUCACUUCAAAGGAAGGCAAGGCAUGUUUAUUUAUAUAGCACAUUUCACAUAUGGCAGUUCAAAGUGCUUUACUUAAAAGAUGAUGCAUAAAAAAAAAAAAAAAGAA